AUGAUAGAAGAAGAAAAUAAUACAGUACACAUGGAUGAACUAGAAAGAUUAGUUAAAAAUUUACCUAACGAAUUUAACGAAAAAUUGUCAAAAUGUAAUAACAAUUUGACUUCAACCUUUUCUCAAGAAUUUUAUGAAGAAAAGAAAAGAGCAAUUACUGAUAUUUUAAAUAAGGAAAAAAAGAAAGCCUAUGACGAUAUUGAAAAUAUCAAAAAUUAUGUUCUUAAAAAUAUAAAUAUAAUAAAUGAAAAAAAUGAAGGCAUAAGAAAACAAACCGAUAUUUUAAAUAAUGAGAGAAAACAAAAUUUAACUUGUAUUAUUGACUUGGAAAAUAAAAUUGAAAAUAUUAAAAGAAUUAUAAUGUAA